AUGGACACGUCUAAACAAAUAUCUGUCACGGACGACGGACACAUCCAGUUCCCAGUCGGAAGAAGGCUCCUACCCCAAGGAAAUCCAUUCUUCGUUGGCACCAUUGUUGACAGAACUCUGCCCCCUUCCUCUACACAAGGCUCAAACGCUCCAACACAGGCUAAUAAAUCACUGGCUGAUAAGCUGCACAGAUUGGACCAACGUUCACUGCUGACGGCAGCGGUAUCCAGUGACAUGGAUGCCACUCAUUGCAUCAAUGCUGUAAGGAGAAAUGAAUACUUGAAAAAGGAUGUUGAACGCAUCCUUAACAGGCAGCGCAUUCUCGGCGGCGACAAAUUCGAGCUUGACGGGGUGUAG